GAUUCUCAUUCCCUCGAGGUUUCAAUAGGAAGAUCUAUCUUUAUAAAAUGAAGAGCACCAUUAUCCCAGCUACAACCUAGGAGAGAAGAGAUAGUAUCAUAGGUCACUUUUACAAGCUCAAGGAUGGCAAGGACCUCACUCACUCGUAUUAUAUUCUUCCUUCUCUGUCUCCUCUUAUUCUCCUUCUCAUGCACCACAGCAAGAUACACCAGCCAGCGCUUUCAGACAAUCGCAGUGGACAGACUACUCCCAUCACGGCUAUGCGACAGUACCACAGAAGGUACCCACAACGAUGUGGAAGGAAACUCUGUCCUGCAGUUAAUCGAUCGGCGUGGGCCUUGCUCUCCUUUCAAUGCAACGGCUGGCCGAUUGAUUCAUGACUUACGGCAAGACCAAUCUCGGGUGGACUGGAUUAACUCAAGGAUAUCAUCUUCUUCAUCACCAAACACUUCACAGAAAGAGGACCUCUUGCUCACCGAUGCCGCCACACGCCUCCCUGCUUACCGAGGCACAUCACUGGGCAGUGGGAACUUCAUUGUGAAUGUGGCCUUAGGCACCCCCAAGAAGGACUUCAGCCUAGUCUUUGACACAGGCAGCGACCUGACCUGGGUCCAGUGCAGCCCCUGCUUGACCUACUGCUACCAGCAGCAGGGACCGAGGUUCGCCCCCUCUGCGUCUUCCACCUACAAAAGCAUACCAUGCUCUGCACAGGAAUGCGACGAGGCUGCACUUGAAUCCGGUGUAGGAGGAUGCUCGACUUCUUCCAAUAUUUGCAUCUACGGCAUGCUUUAUGGGGACCGUUCAAUGUCCGUCGGGUACCUGAGCAGGGACACACUGACCCUGAGCAAGAACGACAUACUCCCCAGUUUCACCUUUGGAUGUGGUCACAGAAACAUGGGGCUAUUUGGAAUGACGGGGGGAAUUCUGGGGCUAGGACGCGGCAAGCUUUCUGUCCUUUCCCAGGCAGGCCAAAAGUAUAGCAGCAUUUUUUCCUAUUGCUUGCCAACUUCCGGCGCCGUCGGCUACUUGGCCUUCGGUCCCGAUUCAAUGUCUUAUACCUCUGUCCGGUUCACACCGUUGCUAGCAGGCUACAAACUUUACCACCUAUCUAUCACUGGGAUGAGUGUUGGUGGGAGGUUGCUUCCAAUUUCUGCUUCCAUGUUCGCAAGAUCUGGGGCUAUCAUAGACUCCGGGACGGUGAUUACGCGGUUGCCGCCGGCUAUUUACGCUGCUCUGAGGUCUGCGGUCCGAACUGUGAUGGCCAAAUAUAAGCUGACCGUGCCACUUGAGAUACUGGACACUUGCUAUGAUCUCUCCGAGUACAGCACAGUUGAUUACCCUCCAAUUGCGUUCCAUUUCCAGGGAGGCGCAGAGUUGGCGCUUGAUGCAAGCAACAUUUUCUACACUCGAAGUUUAGAGCAGGUGUGCUUGGCCUUUGCUGCGAACAUCAAUGAGCAGAGUUUUUCCAUCAUAGGAAACUGGCAGCAGAAGAAGACUCUGGUGGUGCAUGACAUCGCCCACUCAAGGAUUGGAUUCAAGCCAAAUGCUUGUGCUUGAAAUUGGGUUUGCCCACUUCCCUAAUUAUAUCAGGAAGGAACAAUAAGCUGAUAGGCAUCUCAUCAUUGAUGGAAGAAAAGCGACUGAUAACCUGCCAUUUUGCGUUGAAAGAAUGGCUACUACGCGUCAAUUGCCGUGUGUCUCGUGUAGCGCUUUAUAAUUAAGCUUCUGUUUAUUAAAUAUAUAUAUAUAUAUAUAUAUAUAUAUAUAUAUAUAUAUGCUUCUAGCUCUAGUGUGACGAAGCAAACCAUGAUUGGUGUUCCACCUUAUUGUCUACCUGUUAAACUGUAAACGAGAACAGGAUUAUUGUGCAAACUAUUACAAUUUGGACUA